AUGGGGUUAGAAAUUGUGGAGCCAAACUCUUGCAUUAGAGGGUGCUGUACUAGCAAUUCAAUCCCACUUCACCUCCCUCGUUCUUCUUACACCCUCCUCUCUACAAUUGCCAAAGGGGUUGAGAGUGUGGUUUAUGCUAUUUUGGAUGGGAGAAAAGUUGUCGUUAAAAAACCAAUCUUGUCUCGCUUCGAGGAUAUUGAUAAAUUUCAUAAGGAGCUUCAGCUCCAAGCUAGAUCAUCCUGGAAUAGCCUAGCUGGUUGCAGCUACAUGCAAAGCCUCUAA